UGGGCUGGCUGCUCUCAAGCACUGGGAUGGAUGGAAGCUCCACCCGUGGUCCCCUCACCCGGCUCCUGGGGCCGAGGCAGGGGGUGGCACGCUGCCCACCCAUGGCCCCGCACUAAUGAGCACAGUUACACAAUGGGAAGCUUUUAUACACCCUUAAUCAGGCCCAGCAUCCCGCCCCUCUGCUUGCCCAGCCGGCCCUCCUGCUCCCUCCUUCCCUCUCCCCCCAUCAGCCUUUUGGAAGGUUUUAGUGGGGUUUCCUGCUUGGUUUAUACGUGGACUUAAUGAUAAAGCUGCAGUGAGUUGAUGCCUUGUGACGGCCUAAUCCCAACCCGGUGACUCUACAAAGCUUUCGCUGGGAUUUCGUGCUGCUCCACUCCAGUCCUGCUGCCCAGCCCUGCUCCAGCAGCCCCCAGGCCAUCAACCUUCACGGACAGUUUGGCAUUCCCUGACCCUGUGUCCUGCAGCUGAUCAAGGCUAAAAGAAGACAUGUCUGCUGUUACGGGCACCUUCCGCAUUGUCUCAGAAGAGGAGCAGGCGCUGCGCACCAAACUGGAGCGUCUCACCACCAAGGACCACGGCCCUGUUUUUGGGAGGUGCCAACAGAUCCCCCCUCACACCCUGCAGAAGGCAAAAGAUGAGCUGAAUGAGACGGAGGAGCAGAGGGAGGCAGCAGUCAGAGCGCUGCGGGAGCUGGUGCAGGAGCGGGCUGGCAGUGAGGAUGUCUGCAAGGCAGUGGCUGAGAAGAUGCAGGGGAAGGAUGAUUCCUUCUUCCUCCGCUUCAUCCGUGCCCGCAAGUUUGACGUGCACAGGGCCUACGACCUGCUGAAAGGCUACGUGAACUUCCGCCAGCAAUACCCUGAACUCUUUGACAACCUGACCCCCGAAGCUGUGCGCAGCACCAUCGAGGCGGGCUACCCCGGCAUCCUGUCCAGCAGGGACAAAUACGGUCGGGUAGUGAUGCUCUUCAACAUCGAGAACUGGGACUAUGAGGAGAUCACCUUUGAUGAGAUCCUUCGCGCCUACUGUGUUAUCUUGGAGAAACUGCUGGAAAAUGAAGAGACCCAGAUCAAUGGGUUCUGCAUCAUUGAGAACUUCAAGGGCUUCACCAUGCAGCAGGCAUCAGGGAUCAAACCCUCUGAGCUCAAGAAGAUGGUGGACAUGCUACAGGAUUCCUUCCCCGCACGGUUCAAGGCUGUCCACUUCAUCCACCAGCCCUGGUACUUCACCACUACCUACAACGUGGUCAAACCGUUCCUGAAGAGCAAACUGCUGGAGAGGGUGUUUGUGCACGGCGAGGAGCUGGAGUCCUUUUACCAGGAGAUCGACGCUGACAUACUGCCAGCAGACUUCGGUGGCAACCUGCCCAAGUACGACGGCAAAGCAACUGCAGAGCAGCUCUUUGGGCCCCGCAUCGAGGCUGAAGACACAGCACUUUAAGACAGGGGUUACUCUCCUCCUCCUGUAAAAUAAGAUCAGAGGUGGUCCCCUAACCCCAAUCACCUCCAUACUGUAGCAAUGGAUGAGUGACUGAAUGCAAUGAGCUGCUCUGGGUGUGUUGCUCCACAUCAGUUCCAGUCCCCAAUCCUGGCAGCGGGCUGCCUGGCAGUGGUUGGGAUGCAGCAAGCACGAGCCUUACUCCACUCUUAGCCUUUACUUCUGUGGGGCAAUGCAGCCAGAGAACACUGUCUCCACAGCCAGUUUUAAUGUGCCCACGGCUGGUCACUGGGGAGCAACACAGCCAGAAGUUGCCAUGGCAGAAUCCCCUGCCAGGGGCUGACUGAAAUGUGUAUGCAGAGAAAUAAAGAAGCAUUUAACAGCAGAA